AUGGGGACAGAGGCUGCCGGCUCUGCAUCUGCAUAUCAGCCUCUGGAUGGGAAUAAAAAGCACGUUCCUGCCCCAGCCUAGCUUAGCCCCAGGUCCCACAGAGCUCUCAUGGCUCUCGGGGUGGUUCUCCUCUGUACCUUGGUAGCAUCCCUGCUCGGUGGGCUCUACCUCCUGGGCGCCUUCCGGAGACGCAGACCCGACGAGCCACCUCUGGACAAAGGUGCCAUUCCCUGGCUGGGUUAUGCUCUGGAGUUCAGAAAGGACAGCUCAGCGUUCCUGGAAAGGAUGCAGGGAAAACACGGGGAUGUUUUCACCGUGCUGCUCGGAGGCUACUACUUCACCUUCGUGCUGGACCCCUUCUGCUUCGGAGCCAUCGUGAAGGAGUCGCGAUCUAAACUGGACUUCAAGACUUUUGCAGUUAAGCUGGUGCUGAAUGUUUUUGGCUACAAGCCCAUCGAAGCCAACCAUAGCAUCGUCCAUGAGGCGAGCGUGAAGCACCUGAUGGGGGAUGGACUCACUGUCAUGACACAAGCCACCAUGGAGAACUUUCGGAAGCUGAUGUUCUUCAAUCUGAGCUCAAGAGAGGAGAAACGAGGGUGGCAAGAGGAUGGCCUCUUCCACUACUGCUACAACAUUGUCUUCAGAGCUGGGUACCUGGCUCUGUACGGCACCGAGCCACAUCGUGGGGCAGAGGAUGAGGAGAAAGCUGACGAGCAGGAUCGCAUCCACUCCAACCAGCUGUUCCACGAGUUUCGGAAGUACGACCGCCUCUUCCCUCGGCUAGCCUGUGCUUUGUUGCCUCCAAAGGACAAAAUGGAAGCUGAACGGCUGAAGAAGCUCUUCUGGAGGAUGCUGUCUGUGAAGAAGAGCUGGCAGAAGGACAACGUCAGUGGGUGGUUAAGUGAUCAAGACAAGCUGCUGGCUGAAAACGGCGUCCCCGAGUACAUGAGGGAUCGUUUCAUGUUUAUGCUCCUCUGGGCAUCCCAAGGCAAUACGGGUCCAACUGCCUUCUGGCUCCUCUUGUAUCUAAUGAAACAUCCAGAAGCCAUGAAGGCUGUGAAGGAUGAGGUAGACAAAGUCUUAAGGGAGAACGGCAAGGAAGCAAAGCCAGGGAGCCCCCCCGUUAACAUCACCAGGGAGAUGUUAAACCAGACUCCUCUCCUGGACAGCGCUCUGGAGGAGACCCUGCGGCUGGUCGCAGCCCCCAUGCUGGUCAGAGCUGUCCUCCAGGACUUCAGCCUGAAGACGAGCAGCGGGGCAGAGUACACCCUCCGCAGAGGAGACAGGGUGGCUCUCUUCCCACACCUCUCAGUGCAGAUGAACCCAGAAAUUCACCCCGAGCCUCACCGAUUCAAGUACGACCGCUUCCUAAACCCCGACGGCACCAAGAAAGGCUUCUACAAAAACGGCAAGAAGCUGAAAUACAUCAACAUGCCUUGGGGGGCUGGAGUAUCCACCUGUCCCGGGAGGUUCUUUGCCACCGUUGAAAUGAAAUUGUUUGUGUUCUUGAUGCUGAGUCACUACGACCUGGAGCUGGUGGAUGGGGGAGAGGAGAUCCCGGCGGUCGACGUCAGCCGCUGGGGCUUCGGGACCAUGCAGCCCGUCCGGGACGUGCGGUUCAGAUACCGGCUACGCCUGUAG